AUGAAUCGAAGUAAUGGAAGCUCGUUCGUCUCCAAGCUCCCACAAAGCUCAAUGCCUUCACCAACUAAGCAUGGCAAACUCAAUGAGCUCUCUGCUUCUGCUACCAAUGCUAGAUCAAGGAACAUGGCACCGCCGCCUGUGAAGGAGCGUGAAACUUUGAAAGAACGAGCCGGGAGGCCGCUGGGACACCAAAGCACUGCUUCCCUAAGCUCCUUGCCUAUCAACUCGUCCAUCAAUCCAACAACACUCACUGGCGGCCCACGAGUGACAUCCUUCUCUGCCUCUUCCUCAUCACGUCCACCUUCCAGCGCGUCCUCAAGAGUCACGUCGAACAGCUCUUAUGGUGGAAGCGUUGGCCAUGGGAUGCGGCCUCCAUCUGGCGGACAGCGGUCGCAUUCGGCCAUGAGCGCCACGCGGUUCCAAAGACAACAGUACAUACAAGGAAGGCUUGCUCCUGCCCGGGAAGCAAACCAAGAGGACCCCAGCACUGCCCAGGUGCUGGGCAAAAGGAAGGGUGAGGCCCUUUUUUCCUCAAACCCCCAUAUGUCCCCUGAACCCCUGCAACCACCAAGAUUGAGGGGCGGCCAUGUUCAAUCGGAUCCCGGCUCCACGUGGUUGCGCAGACCGUGUAGCGCAGUGUUCCUUCGUGAAGUAUCCAGUCAGAGCACAUAUGUAUCUGAGUUGAUGAAUAACCUCAGCUUGGAGGAUGAGCCUGUAUCCUCUGCUCCCACUUCAACCCCAACCCCAUGUACCCCUUCCAGAAUUCCCCAGAAGGUUUCUUGUUAUGGCCAGUCUGCACAGUCCAGCCCUACAAAAUCCCUGAAGAAGAAAACGUCAAAAUCACACUUUCUUAGUCGAGAGACUAACAUGGUUACAGCAUGGGAUACCGACGACAAGAUGGAGGAAAUGGAGCACAUGCGGAAAUUCGUGAAAGACGAGAUGAGGGGAGCCAUGGCUGAGAACGAAGGAUUGAAAGAGAUGACGGUUGUGUGGAAAUCAAGAAUUACGGAAUUGGAAAAGCAUCGAGACGAAUUGAGUGCAAAUAACAAGCAACUACAGGCAGAAUUAGAUGCAGCGAAAAUUCGUGUCGCGUCGAUCAUGGAUGCGGUAGAAGACCAGAAAAGGUUCCAGAACAAUCAUAUUGACGAUCUGCAACGGCAGCAUCGACGAGAGCUUGAGGACAAAAGGCAUGAAGCGGAGACUGAGCAACGAAGGUUGGCUAGAGACAAUAUCGAGCAGGUUGAGAGCCUGGAGCGCAACUUCGAGAACCAAUUGGCGGAUGAGAGGGCACAACAUGAUCGCCAGAUUCACACUUUAAGUUCAGAGGGGGCAAGCACACAACAGCAAGUGCAGAAGGAGCUUGAAGCACAUCUAGCAGCUUUUGAGUCGCUUGAAGCAGAACUUGAGAGGUGCAAGAACGAUAUUGCAAGGGAAAAAGAGAAGAAUGGUAAUCUGUGCGACCAGCUGAGUGACGCCGCAAAGAGGGAACGUGAGCUUGCAGACUCGGUCCGAAGACUGGAAGGUCACAUACAUUUUCUAGAGUCGGACAACAAGAGCCAAUCACACGCUUUCGCGGAUUUAGAGGCACGAAUGCAGGCAGCCUUGAGAACAGCAGCCGGAGCCAACGAGAAGCUGAUCAAAGAGGAGACCUUGAGGAGGAAGUUGCAUAAUCAAGUUCAAGAAUUGAAAGGCAACAUCAGAGUCUUCUGUCGUGUAAGACCACCAUUGAAAUCGGAGCCGGCUGACAGCACAGCCCGAGUCAGCUAUCCGGAUCAAGAAGUGGAUGCCAAAGAGCUUGAAGUGAUGGGUCCUGAAGAGAAGUCCAGCCUUGGCAACGUUACGACAAAGAAGCAUGCGUUUUCCUUCGACCGUGUCUUUGGGCCUGCUUCCCAGAACGAGGACGUCUUUGGUGAGAUAAGCCAGCUCGUCCAGAGUGCUUUGGACGGCUACAAUGUCUGCAUCUUCUGCUACGGUCAGACGGGCUCUGGGAAAACAUUCACCAUGUCUGCAAUAGACGGAAUGAUCCCUCGUGCUGUCAACCAGAUUUAUUCCACGGCAAAAUCGCUGGAGGAGAAAGGCUGGAAGUACGGCAUGGCUGGCUCCUUCAUCGAAGUUUAUAACGAAAAUCUCAACGACUUGCUUGGCAAAGCGGAAGAAUUUGACAAGAAGAAGCACGAAAUCAGACAUGACACUCAAAAAUGCAAGACUGAAGUUACAGGCAUCAAGACUGUCGAGUUGGACAGCCCAGGAAGAGUCGAGGAGAUCCUUCAGAAUGCCGCAAGGAACCGCACAGUCGCUGCAACUCAGGCCAACGAACGCUCAUCGAGGAGUCAUUCAGUCUUCAUUCUCAAGCUGGUUGGGGAGAACAGCGUCACUGGCGAACAUAGUGAGGGUACGCUCAAUCUUGUCGAUCUUGCGGGAAGCGAACGUUUGAGCCAUAGCGGAGCGACCGGCGACCGAUUGAAGGAGACCCAAAAUAUCAACAAGUCUCUCAGCUGCUUGGGCGAUGUCAUAGGUGCCUUGGGCCAGGGCAAAGAUGGCGGCCAUGUCCCGUAUAGAAAUAGCAAGCUCACUUACCUGCUCCAAUUCUCGCUGGGCGGGAAUUCGAAGACACUCAUGUUCGUGAUGAUCAGUCCACUGCAAGCUCAUUUGGGCGAGACUUUGACGAGUCUGAAAUUUGCGACGAAGGUCCAUAACACGCACAUAGGAACGGCCAAAAAGCAGACGAAGACAAAGGAUUAG